GUCACAUGACUGGCAGCAUCACUCGCAACCAGGAAGUGGAGGAGAAGGGUAAACACAAAGGAGAGGGUCUGUUUCUGUGGGAUAAUAAGGACGGUGAUCAUAGAGAAGACCACCCAGCCACUCUUCUAUCACACCCAGCUGAACAUUUCUACGGAGACAUGGAAGCAGACAAGCUUGGAAGAGACUGGACAUGCAGAGGCACAGUGUGAGAAUCCUGAUUGGAAAAAGCAUGGACACCUGACCAGCAGCAUCACAAGCAGGAAGUGUGAGGCUGCGAUGAACACAGAGGAGAGGAAUUGCCAGGAGCUCAGGAAUAAUAAAGACAUUUAUAGAUAAGGUAUCUUGGGGUGGAUGGACUGUGCUGUGUUUUAUAUUACAAGGAGCUCUGAAAAGAAAUGGAUUUAUGAGGCGUGAACAGAGGAAGACGAAUGUUUUCGUCAGAGUUCAUGAGAAUCACAUUUCAGCAGCUGCAACCUGAUGUAAGACUUUGGAAGAUCUCAGUCCUGUACACAGGCCACACCAGGCCGAGAUGGAGUAACGCCGGAGAAUCUGACUUCUGCUGAGUAUGGAUGUGUUUUCUUGCCGGACUCUUCUCAUUUGCAGUCACUUGACUGUGAAGACAGCAACCAUGCUUUGUUAUGUGGAUUAUUAACCUCUUCACAUUCAAUGUUGGACAUACCACAACCGUUUAUUAUCUGCUCCAUUCCUUCUGUAAGUUUACACCCCCAAGGAUCCUUGAAUGAGCAGAAACAGCCAAUUCUGGAAAAAGUAUCAAUAACCAUUCUCCAGAUCCAGUGCUUCCAGCAGCUGGCCUGAUUGGCCGAUGAUGUUCUGAUGACCAUCUGCAGGAAGCCAUCUGGGAAGACCGUGCCUGGAAAGGCGGGUGAGGAUACCACAGUCGAGCCCCUUCAACAUUUCCGAAGGAAUGGCUGGAGUUGGCCUCCGCACCCUUUACAGUUUGUGGCCUGGAUCACAUACCUUCUGUUUACGAUCAUUGGAUUUGGGGUCCUUGUUCCCCUGUUGCCCCGACACUGGGUGGCUGCUGGUUAUACGUGUAUGGGAGUGCUGUUUGCGUUACACCUCGUUGUCCAUUUUUUGGCGGUAACCUUUGAUCCAGCAGAUGAGAAUGUACGUGCCAAGAACGCUCCUGGCCCACUGCCUGUGUUCGAUCGGACCAAGCAUGCUCAUGUCAUUGAAAACAUGCAUUGUUACAUCUGUGAGGUGGAUGUGGGGGACAAAUCCAAACACUGCAGUUUAUGCAAUAAGUGUGUCAGUAAUUUUGACCAUCACUGCAAAUGGCUGAAUAACUGUGUGGGCGGCAAAAAUUACUGGCUGUUUUUUACCUGUCUUGUAUCUGCAUUUCUUGGCACUGUGUUGCUGAGUUCCAUUUCAUCCUUUGUGUUUCUUGAAUACUUUGUCGAUCCGUCUGUGUUGAGGAGUGACCAAAGCUUUGAAGGUGUGAAGAACCUGUCAAAUGUAUGGUUUGUGUUCCUUCCAGCUAGUCCAGUGGAGACCCAAGCCUCUGUGAUUUUGGGCCUGGCAGCUCUUGUUUCAGUAAUGGGACUCAUCACCAUUUUCCUGAUAGGACAACUGCUGUGCUUUCACAUUUACCUCUUGUGGAAUAAGCUGAGCACUUAUGAGUACAUAAUGCACCAGCGGCAGAAGCAGGAAAUGAAAUCUAAUAGCAAGUGUCUAGACGAGGGGAAGACGCCACCCACAGGCCGUGCACAAGAGGAGAGUUAUGGGGGAAGCCUCAUAUAUACAAAUCCUGAAGUACUGAUUGAGGGUCCUUCAUCGGGAUCACUGAACACAGACUCCCCGAUGUCCUUAAAUGCUGAUAUUGCAGAUGGCAACCCCGACUCAGACCAUAAGCUAUCACCAGCUUUACAGCAGAAGCCAAAGAAGAAGAAGAAAAAGAAGAAAAGCAACAAAAUAUCACCAGAAGAUGCUAACAAACAUGCUGGUCAUGACGUGCCUGGCCUUCCGAUUCAUGAGGAGAACGAACUUCCAGUCUCACCAGCACCUCCAAGCUUGGCCAGUAAUUCCCCAAAUUUCCCAGUGAGAUCUUUACCAGUCUUGGCGCCCAUCCAUCCAAUUCAGGCAGCAGGACCUCCUGCAGAAUAUCAUUCUGACUCUGCCGAGUCUAUGGAGGAAAUUCCUGUUGCUCAAACUCAUCUUGGCAGCUCCUCCAUGACUGAAAACCUCUUUCUUACCCCGAGAAGCCCCAGAGACUUGGCAAACGAAUGUGAGAAUGGACUGAGGCAGAGCUGGCCUGUGACUGAACAGAAGUUUGAGCUUCUUCCAAAGGUUCCCACUGUGUUUGUCAGUGAGAGCAGCGGAGAACUUUUAUCCAGUAGAACCAUGGAGGAACCCAAAGCACAGGACACUCGCUGUACAGGGUACAAUACCAUGUGGAUGGCAAAGGGAAAAGGAGGAGAGCAGGUUCUUUCCAUCUCUAAUGCUGAAGUUUCACCCUCCAUCAAUACUAACCGGUAGUUUAAUCUUCUUUUAUAUGAAGAUUUUUACUCAUUUAUUCUUAAUAAAUUCUUUUUGAUACGUCGUA